AUGACUGGUGAGAAUGCACCGCGGCUAACUGCACUGCCUCCUCACCAUCAUCAUCAACAGCAGCAGCAGCAGCAACACUCGCCCUUACCCCAGCGUUCCCCAUCCACCGUCAAGGCAUCUCCACAGCAAACUCCAGGCCCCCUUGAUGCCACCAGCGGUAGUGCUGAACCCUCCGCGAAAAGAGGCAUGCGCUCACAAAUUGCAUGUGCCAGAUGUCGCCGAAGUAAGACCAAGUGCGAAAACGCUGGUCAAGGUACCACGUGCAAGGCCUGCGCAAACACCAAGCGCGACUGCAUCUGGGACCACGCUGCUGUCGCAACCACUUCGGCGCCCCCGCGACGCGACAGCACCGCAGACUUUGAUGCCCCGCCAAAGAAGCGUCGCAAGCUUCUAGCCACCACGACGCCUGGCGCACAGCGUCCAAUAGACGGCCUCGGCACCUAUGAAGAUGCCCUUCAGUCGCCUAUCCUCACUGCCCAGGUCUGGGAAGAGCUGUUUGACAUUUACGAAAAACACUUCUCCAUUGAUUUCCCCUUUUUGCACAAGAGAACCUUUUUGAGUGCCGUGCAGCAGCUACAGCCUCUGGCCAACUCCGCUGAUGCCAAGACACAAACACAAUCUCAGCUCCACCAGCCAUACCCACCUUUACUCCUGGCCUUUCUUACCCACACAGCCCGCUUCCAUGACAAGCUUGUCCAGCAGACCGAAAAUGACCCCAUCAGGACUGCCGAGUUCUAUGCCCAGGCCACGCGCACGCAGAUGGGUGCCGAAAUCUUUGGCACCCCAACCCUAGAGAAGAUCCAAACACUUCUCAUGCUGGGCUACUACGAAUGGACGGCACUGCAAGGCCGAGAGGGCUGGAUCAAAAUUGGAACUGCCAUUAGGUGUGCAAUUGUCCUCGGAUAUCCGCAUCUCGAUGUCGACCAGAAGGGCCAGCCGGCUCCAUUAAGAGAAGGCGAGAGCCGGCUCUCUGAAAAGGACCAAUUCAUUCUCCGCGAGACUCAACGCCGCACCUUUUGGAGCUGUUGCCUCAUGGACUCAUAUCUCAGCUGGGGAGAAGACCGACCGCCAAUGCUGGGGCCUGAGCACUUUCAAAGGACCCAGCUGGUCUGUAGUGAUGGCGCAUUCAACUAUGGUCGCAAAGCGCGGACAAGACUGCUCGGCGAGGAUGAUGUCGCAUAUGCCAAGCGGAGAGCAGAGUGGGACGCACUUGCUCGACAACACCGCAAUGAGCAGAAUGGGGAUCGAGCUUCUCAGUUAGAUGGAGGAAAGUGGGAGAUUGGUGAGCACGAGGCCGAACUCACGUGGUACAUCAAGGUCGUUAUUGUUUUUGGCGAAGUGGUUCGGUGGUCGUGUAAUAGUGGACGGCGGCAAGAGGGCAAGAACGCACCAUGGCAUUCAACCACGACGUUCAAGAAACUCGAAGACAAGCUCAAGCAGUUGAAGCGUGACCUGCCUGACCAUCUCCAAUUGACUGCGGAGAAUACCGAGGACCGCAUCUACAACAACCCUGGAAAGUAUGUUUCGAUACAUGCCAUGUACACGCUUUGCUUUGUUUGGCUGUACAGAGAAUACAUGCCCACGUCGCCAUGGACUUUGACACACCCUCGCGGCCCGCUAGACGAACCACUCAUUGACGAACCUCCUCCUGACCCCGAGUAUUGGAUCAACCAAGCCAAGGACUGCGCACGGGCAUGUAGCGACUUUACCCAAUUGCUACAUACCAUCGGGACUACUAGAGUUCACAGCGACUCGGUGCAGACGCCUACGGUGGCAUUUGCUUGCUUCGCUGUUGGUAUAUGCACCAUUUACUGUCACUACUUUCCCAACAUGGACCCUGACAGCAUGCUUUCAUCACGCCUCGAGCCCCGAGCUCACGACAUUGCAAACGGCUUCCUGUUCCGUAUCCUUAAACGCUUCAAGAUGGCUCGCUCAUGGCUCUGUGAACUGGCUGAGUGGCAACGGUACUAUCGGCGCGAAAAGAAAAAGUACAGGGACUGUGGAGGUUCAGUCAGUGACUCUCCCAAGAGCAACAAUAGUGAUGGCGUUGGUGGGGGCGGACUGAAAGACUACGCGCAACUCUUUGAGAGGAUGCACAAGCAAUUUGGCAAGACAGUCGACGACUACAGUAACUGGUCUACCAGGGACAUUGACUUGGCCGACACCAGGCUAUCGCACGAUGACGAUUCUGCCGAGCAGACGUCGCCGCGCACGUCUGCUGCUGUCAAACCUGAGAAGGAAGGCACAUUUGAUAAUAUACCGAAUCAACGCGAUACAGUCACAAACGCCUUUACCCCUGUAAAUCAGCAAGGACUCCAAACACCUCCAACGACACAGACUCCCACCUAUGGUCCCCAAACGAACCCUCAUGUUUACCAACCAGACUCUACACCCCAAUACCGAGGACACCCCUCGCAACCAACUACUACAUACCCGUACGUAAGCAGUUCUGUUCCCACGACCAACAUGUCGACAGCAAGGGGCGGGUUUGAGCCUGGCCCGAAUCAUUUCACACACCCAACGCCCAUCCCCAUAGAGGCUACAUAUACUGGCUGGUCCUUACCACCAGGGAAUAUGAAUGCCGCUAGAGCAGCUAUAGAAGCGGGAGGCGCACAAACAUUCAACAAUUCUACUGCUUUUGGCACGCUCAUGUUGGGCGAUGCAGCACUUUACGACACGACGCCCAACUGGACAAUAGGCGUCGAGGUAUCUACUUAUGAUGGCAACAAUGCCAACCCAACGUUUUACCCACCAAGUGGUUCUGUCCCCACUUACCAAUAUCAGCAGUCAUAGAGCUGCACAAAGAGACGACAUGGACGCAUCCGGGAGAUGGAAAUUGGC